AAAAAAACAAAUUUAAUAAGAAAAAGAAUAAAUAAUCUUUGAAAAUUUCAUAAAAAAUAAUUGAUAUCUAUCUUUGGGGUCUGUCCAUUAAAUUGGAUGCUGAAGAAGAUGACAAGUUGCGCGACGAAGUGUUGAGAUAAGUUUAACCUUUGUACGAUAUGCAGUCUAUUUAUUGGACCGGGAGGCUGUUGUCUCGUGCGAUAUGGAAUAGCAUAUCCAAUUAUUCGGCAUGUGCUGAUCCCAACGUUAACAAACGACGCGAAGCCUCAUUCAUUUCAGCUGUUUGUGGCUUCCCCAAAGAUUUUGCACGAGGUCGUGUUAGGAAAGGACAAUUUGGAGAUGACGCUUGGUUCACUGCCAAAUUCAAGGCUGCCGAAGUAAUUGGUGUAGCCGAUGGUGUAGGAGGAUGGAGACACUAUGGAAUAGAUCCAGGCGAAUUUUCCAGUUUUUUAAUGAGCACAUGCGAAAGGCUAGUCUCAAUGGGCAGGUUCAAACCUUCUGAACCUGCUGGUUUAUUAGCACGUAGUUACUAUGAACUAUUAGAAACUAAACAACCAAUUUUAGGUAGCAGUACUGCAUGUGUUAUUAUUCUUAACAAGGAAACAAGUAGCAUCUAUGCAGCAAAUAUAGGAGAUAGUGGUUUUGUAGUUGUGAGAAAAGGCGAAGUCGUUCACCGUUCAAACGAACAGCAACAUUACUUUAAUACUCCGUUUCAAUUAUCACUCCCACCUCCGGGUCAUACUGGUCUUGUUCUUAGUGACAGCCCAGAAUCCGCAGAUACUUCUAGUUUCGGAGUAGAAGACGGAGAUGUAAUAUUAUUAGCAACAGACGGUGUAUUCGAUAAUGUGCCUGAUCAAUUAUUAGUCACUGAGAUGCGUAAAGUAGAAGGCGAAAGGGACCCAACAAAGUUACAGGGUGUUGCCAAUUCGAUAGCUUUCAUGGCACGUAGUUUAGCUUUUGAUGGGGCAUUUUUGUCACCAUUUGCUCAAAGUGCUAGAGAAAAUGGUAUCGACGCAAUAGGUGGUAAACCUGAUGAUAUCACGGUGCUCUUAGCAACAGUGGCAAUCUGAUAUGAAAAAGUGUAUGAUAGAUCGUUAAUCAUUGUAUUAUAGUCCAUGUCAUUGCAUAUAUGUAUCACUACAUGAUACAUCAUUAUAUUCCAUUAUAAUGAUCAUCUAUUAUUUAAAUUUAAAUAAAUGGUUUUAUAAAUCACCUCAUA